AUGGGGAAAAAAGCGCGAGGAAUUCUAAGCCGAGUCCGGGGCGGUUUGGGUCAGCGCACGCCGGGGAUUUUCAAGAUCGUCUUCUUGCGGCAUGGUGAGAGCGAGUGGAACGUGAAGAACAUCUUUACCGGCUGGGCCGACGUGGAUCUUAGCGAGACGGGCAAGACGGAGGCUGUUGACGCCGGCAAGAUGCUGUGGGAGGAGGGCUUCCGCUUCGACAUCGUCUUCACGUCCGUCCUGCGCCGAGCCAUCCGAACAGCCUGGACAGCCUUGGCGGAGUCUGGGAACUUCUCCAUGCCAGUCAUCAACAGUUGGAGGCUCAACGAGCGCCACUACGGGGGAUUGCAGGGCCUGAACAAGGCUGAGACGGCUGCCAAACACGGGGAGAAGCAGGUGAAGAUCUGGAGGCGGAGCUACUCGGUACCUCCCCCUGCGAUCAGUCCAGCGGACCCGCGGCAUCCCAGCAACGACCCCAUGUACCGCCACGUUCCGAGGUCGGCCUUGCCGGGUGCCGAGAGCUUGUCCAUGACCGUGGACCGCGUCCUGCCCUUUUGGAACGACACCAUCGCACCCUGCGUGAUGGCUGGUAAGAGUGUGCUAGUGGCCGCACACGGCAACUCCUUGCGGGCGAUCGCCAAGUACCUGGAGGGGAUGACCGAGAGCGAUGUCAUGGAAUUCAACAUUCCGACGGGGGUUCCGCUGGUGUACGAGCUAGAUACGAGCUUGCGUGUGGUGCAGAAGUAUUAUCUCCUGGAUGAUGCGGAAGUCAAGGCCAAGAUCGAUGGCGUGGCCAACCAGGGCCGAGCAUGUUUGGAGCAUCGACGCAUCCUGUCCAAAGACCUGUUGAGCUCUGCAUACUACGCGUUGCAUCGCGAUGCAUCGCGUUCUGUUGUGCGCUUCCCCACCUUCGACAAGGGUGUCUGUUGGAAGCUCCUCCGGUGCCAAGGUUCCCAGGCCCUGGGCGUGUGGCCGGAUGAGGAGACGUCAGGGAAGUCGGAGGUGAUGAGCACGCGGAGCACGUCGGGUUUGGACGAGAUCCCAAAGGAGGGUCGAGUCGGGCGCGGCAUGGCGCGGCAGAGCGACAGAUGCGCCAGUGCCAAGGAGCGCCGCACGGCCGUGUCGCCAUUCCGUUCAUUGCCAGAGUUGCACCCUCACGAGGUGGAGCUCAGGGUGUCCGUGAAGGACUUGUCGCGAGAUGUCGCCCCUGAGAAGUUCCGGUCCAAGGCCAAAAGCGUUGGGGGCUUCGUCUUCGGGUUGCUGGUCUUCCCUCAGGGCACCAAAAGCGCUCCCGAGCAUGCACGAAAGAACCGCCCAGGCAAGAAAGAGGAGGACAAAGAGAAGAAGGACUCAGACGGUGACAAGGCUAAGGCACGACGAAGAGAAACUCAGAAGACCGAGAAGGAGAAGCUGAAAGCAGCUCUUCUGAAGGAGGUUCCCAAAGAAAAAGAGAGGGAUAAAGAGAACGAUAAAGAUGGCAAAAAGGAUGCUGAUGGAAAGGAGGACAAGAAGGACACUCGGUGGAUUUCAGCGUUUGUGGAAGCUCGACCUUCAGAAGACUACCCUCCACAUUGGUAUUUUGAAGACGUGCAAUUCCUGGUCUCGCUGAUCAACUUUCAGGACUUGAAGAAGUCCAUUGUGAAACAUGACAAGCACACCUUCUCGCCUGUGGAAUCUUCUGACGGCAAGGCGAUUGACCGUGGCUGGCAUGACUUUGUCCACUGCGAUGAAGCAACGCUGCGCAGCAGCGGCUUCGUGGAUAAGGAUGACACAGUCUGUUUCCGUGCCUCUGUCUAUUUGGCAGGGGGGGCCAUGAAAGUGAACUCGAAAACCAAGUCGCGGUACAUGAGCUUGAGCAAAAUGGACCCGGGCUCCUUCGAGCGGGCGCCGCAGUUCCUGAACAGUUUGGUCCAGAUGUGGUACCAUCUCGGCCUCUUCCGCUCCGCCAUCUAUGGCGCCUCGAAUCCCUGCCAGCUCUCAGCCAAGAAGUCCCGUGUGCUGCCAGCGCUGCGGGAGAUCUUCGUCCGGCUGCAGCACCGCACGCUGCCGGCCUCCUGCUCCGUGCUCUGCGCUGCCUUCGGGCGCAAAAACUGGACAAAGGUCUCCAAGGCGGAUCCCGACGUCUUCUGCCAGGAGGUCUUCCAGUGCUUGGAGUCUGAGCUUAUGCCUUCGGCAGAGAUGCUCAAGGCUGAGGAGGCGGCUGUGAAGGCGGCAGCAGCAAAGGCCAAAGGAGGCAAGGCAGCCAAGGCACUCCCCCGCGUGGUGGAGGUGCCUGCAGAGAACCGAACACUUUGGCAGUCAAUUCAGGACAUGUUCACCUUUGAGGUGGAAUGGACGGCGCAGGCCGUCGAGGGAGACUUCUCGGACACCUGUGUCCACACCGGGCCUUGCUUUACCCUGGUGGUGCGUGGCUUUGCGAAUUUGGAAGAGACCUUGGACCAGUACUUCUCCCCGAAAGUCAUCGAGGACGGCUCUGGGCUGCGGGUGAAGACGGCGCGGAAGUUCCGGAAGAUGCCAAGUGUCCUUUCCUGGUAUCUGAAGCGGGGCGACUACGACUGUUGCACGGGCCUCUCGGGGCUCACAGAGACCUUUCUCCGUUUUCCGCGCCAGAUCGAUAUGGGGAAGUAUGCAGAGGGCGGAUCUCUGUACCAUCUUUAUGCCAUCAUGGUGGAGUGCGAUGACCAUUACGUGUCCUACAUACGGCCCGAGAUGGAAGGCGAUCGCGGGCAGUGGUACCGGUUUGACGAGAAGGAGGGCAGCGGCACUAACGGCAGCUGUGGGGUGUCCAACGCCACGGCGGUGGAAAGUUCCUUUGGGGGCGAGGAAUGGCUCUGCGUGAACUACCUCUAUGGGCCAAGUGCAGUGCUCAAACGACCCCGAGAGUCCAGGGCCUCGAUGCUCCUUUAUUUGAAGGACUCGGAGCUCUCGCAGCUGCUCCGGGAGCCGAAGCUUCCGAAGCUCUGCCCCGAGCUGCAGAUGCCGCAGAGGGAGCACCUGCAGGCCGGCAGCGUCGAGCUCGAGGCAGCGGCGGCCGCUGAAGCCGAGCUCCUGAACGACCUGGAUGCCGAGCAGCUCAAGGAGGUCAAGAAGAAGAGGGCCAAGCAAAAAAAGAAGCAGAAGGAGAAGGAGAGGAAAAACCAGGUUCUGCCAGAGGACGUUUCCGAGGAGCCAGACACGAGAGAAUCGAGAGACGAGGCCCCGGAGAGCGAGGACGAAGCCGAGGAAGAGGUGCACUCGGAGCUUCACCUCGAGAUGGAGGCAGGAAAGUGUGAAAUGGGAGAUGCUGUGAGUGAAAGUUUUCCGCAAAAGCUAGUGCACAUCUCAGUUUCGAAGAGGUCGCCCGAGGCAAGAAGCGCGGCAAGUGUGGAAGCCAAGGAGCACAAUUUUGUGCAUGGGAAAUUUUCCUGA